CGGCUGGGCCUCCUCGCUGUGACGACGUGUCGCUCUGGCGGCCCGGGGGCGGGGGCGGCCGAGAGGCGGAGGGGAGCAGCGGCUUCCUCGUGGGCUCCCCGAGACUCGGGGCCGUGCUUCCAGCCACCUUGCCUUGGAGCGGGCCCCGGCAUCCCGGGCAGAUGUCUGCAGUGCCCCUCAGCUGCCCCGUCGGGGGCUGGUGCCGGGCGUGACACCCGCCACCCGGGAGCCUGGCACCUUGACACGCUGAGCGCGGAGACAAACCGCGCCGUGACUUUCCGGCUGAUUCUUUUGUCUGACAGCCGUCAGAGUGUGGUUUCCCUUAAUAUGGCUCCAGUUCUACAGAUUAUCAAGGAAUCCCAGCAACAGCACGGUUUACGACAUGGAGAUUUUCAGAGGUACAGGGGAUACUGUUCUCGCAGACAAAGACGACUUCGGAAAACACUCAACUUUAAGAUGGGAAACAGACACAAAUUCACAGGGAAAAAAGUGACUGAAGAUCUUCUGACUGAUAAUAGAUAUUUGCUUCUGAUUUUGAUGGAUGCAGAAAGAGCCUGGAGCUACGCUAUGCAGCUGAAGCAGGAAGCCAAUACUGAACCACGAAAACGGUUCCACUUACUGUCUCGCCUGCGCAAAGCUGUGAAACAUGCGGAAGAAUUGGAACGCUUGUGUGAGAGCAAUCGUGUGGAUGCCAAGACCAAGUUGGAGGCUCAGGCUUACACAGCUUAUCUCUCAGGAAUGCUGCGCUUUGAGCAUCAAGAAUGGAAAGCUGCCAUUGAGGCAUUUAAUAAAUGCAAAACUAUCUACGAGAAACUCGCCAGUGCUUUUACAGAAGAGCAGGCCGUGCUGUACAGCCAGCGUGUAGAAGAGAUAUCCCCCAACAUCCGCUAUUGUGCUUAUAACAUUGGGGACCAGUCAGCUAUCAAUGAACUCAUGCAGAUGAGAUUGAGGUCUGGGGGCACUGAGGGUCUCCUGGCUGAAAAAUUGGAGGCUUUGAUCACUCAAACUCGAGCCAAGCAGGCAGCUACUAUGAGUGAAGUUGAAUGGAGAGGGAGAACAGUUCCCGUGAAGAUUGACAAAGUGAGGAUCUUUUUAUUGGGGCUGGCUGAUAAUGAAGCAGCUAUUGCUCAGGCUGAAAGUGAAGAAACCAAGGAGCGUCUCUUUGAAUCCAUGCUCAGCGAGUGUCGGGAUGCUAUCCAGGCUGUUCGGGAAGAGCUCAAGCCAGACCAGAAGCAGAGAGAUUAUAGUCUUGAAGGGGAGUCGGGGAAGGUAUCUAAUCUUCAGUACUUGCACAGCUACCUGACUUACAUCAAGCUGUCGACGGCAAUCAAGCGCAACGAGAACAUGGCUAAAGGCCUGCAGAAGGCUCUGCUGCAGCAGCAGCCAGACGAUGACAGCAAGCGCUCGCCCCGGCCACAGGACCUGAUCCGGCUCUACGACAUCAUCCUGCAGAAUCUGGUAGAAUUGCUCCAGCUUCCUGGCUUGGAGGAGGACAGAGCCUUCCAGAGGGAGCUAGGCCUCAAGACCCUUGUGUACAAGGCUUACAGGUGUUUUUUCAUUGCUCAGUCCUACGUGUUGGUAAAGAAGUGGAGUGAAGCCCUGGUCUUAUAUGACCGAGUCCUAAAAUAUGCUAAUGAAGUCAGUUCUGAUUCAGGAGCUUUCAAGAGCAGCCUAAAGGACCUACCUGACAUGCAAGAGCUCAUCACGCAAGUGAAGUCGGAGAAGUGUUCCUUGCAGGCGGCGGCCAUCUUGGAUGCGAGUGACUUCCAUCAAACAGAGACUUCCUCCCAAGUCAAGGACAACAAGCCUCUGGUUGAACGGUUUGAAACAUUCUGCCUGGACCCUUCCCUGGUCACUAAGCAAGCCAGCCUCGUGCACUUCCCCCCGGUGUUCCAGCCCAUCCCCUGCAAGCCUCUGUUCUUUGACUUGGCCCUCAACCACGUGGCUUUCCCACCUCUUGAGGACAAGUUGGAACAGAAGACCAAGAGUGGCCUCACCGGAUACAUCAAGGGCAUCUUUGGAUUCAGGAGCUAACUGGCUAACUGGGCUCUUCCUUGGGGGCAGGGGGAGUUUCUGACUCCUAAUCUGUAUCGUGAGAAAACUCCAUCAAGUUCCAUGACAUUAAACCCAGGUCUGCACUGGCCCAGGGCAGGAACACAACAUCCUCAGCCCUGCGUCCCUGUGUCUUGUGUGUUUGUGCACUUGCAUUCGUAACCCAUGUGCCAGAAAGGUAGCUUGGCAUCUGGCAUCUGUGUGUACCUCCUGAGGGAGGGCCACCGCUGUCUGGCCUUGCGCGCACCGUGCUGGACUGACUGCUUUUGGCCAGUAGUAUGUUCAAGGUCCCCACCAGGCACAGAUGGGGGCUCAGGCUGUUUCAUGGUGUUUGGUGGAGGCCCCUGGAUCUGAAGUGAGACCACCCUCACUAGGAGCAUCUGAAUCCCAUGUAAAGUGGGUCUGUGAUUAGGGACACUGGCCGUGUCUCCCCAGAAUGACAGCCACCCUUACUCCCCUUCGCCUCCAAUUGAAAGUUCAGUUUCAGAACAAGCAAAGAACUCUAUUUUUAGAAGAAAAUGUCACAUGGUUUAAAAAAAAGAAAAAAUCUUAUAUUAAAAGGCAAAGAUACUUGA